GACUAUAUUCAUACCCGGAACUCCACCCUCGAUCCCGGCUGCGACUCCGAGUUGCCGCACUGGUGGGAGUCGGCGUCGGCUGUUUUCUGUUUUGUCAACCAAUUUCCGGCUUUGGCUGGGCAACGCCCAGGCCGUCUGCCAGCUGGCACAGCUGGCCGCCCAGCCGCCCAGCGGGCUAGUGGCGUGAGCCGGCCGAUGCGGCACCGAGACCGUUCACAUCCGGACGAUAUAUCUCAUGGAAAUGACGUCCCUAACCCGGCCCUUUCUUGUACUUUAUCCCACGUACUGCUCAUGCCGUUCUAUCUUGGUCCGUUUUCCUGUGAAGGAAAAGAGAUAUAACCAAUCGUCACACAUACUGUCUCCCAUUGCCUACCCGGCUUAUAACCAGCUCAUAUAUAACGAUAGUCACAUAUUUCUAUAAGUCGCAAUGACGGCCAUUCUGGAAGUCACGGCCGCAUACUUCCUCAAGAACCAAAAGGGUCGGGACGCCAAGAGCUUCUACAUGACGCCAGCCUUCGCCGAUUUCAAGGAGCCGACCAUAGAAAUCAUGUCUCUGGACUGCGGGGCGAGUCCCGCGACCCUGGCCGUCGACUACACCGCCGACGGCAGCGGCAAGUUCCCGAUCCUGGAGUGGAAGGAGCCCGAGGGCAUCGCGGCGUCCGUCAAGGAGUGGCUGCUGGUCGCGGAGGAUCCCGACGCGCCCCUGCCGACCCCGAUCUGCCACGGGCUAUACGCCGGAAUCGCGCCGGAGAAGACCCAGAUUGGACCCGAGGACCUGGAAAUCCAGGACCAGAGCCAGUCCCUGCUGAAAGGGGGUUUUCAUUAUGGCAAAAACAUGCGCGGCAGGGUCUACAUCCCGCCCCGCCCGCUCAUGAACCAUGGCGUCCACAGAUAUUUCUUCCAAGUGGUCGCCUUGAGCGAGCCCCUGGAUAAAAAGUUUCUGAAAUCCAGCGUGACGAGGGAGCAGAUUGCGGAUGCGAUCAAGGGCAAGGUUCUCGGUUGGGGAAUGUGGGUUGGGAGCUGUGAAAGAAAGUGGAAAUAGGCCGAGCUCUUGCGUAAUCAUGCCUCAAGUGUGUUUUUGGGGAGUUUCGUCCACAAUACCCUUCCAUUCGGUCCUUUAUGGCUUAUUUUAUCUUUCCUCCCCCAAAAUGUUUCUCAUUAAAAAAAAACCAUGUCGAACAAUAUUGUUCCCUCAUGAAACAUUGAGGUAGU